AUGGAGAAGACCCGGGACUGCUGUCCCGAAAUGGGAGCAAUGGUAUCAAGAAGGUCAAGACUUCAGGAUUGUUCUACACAUCAAACAAAAUCAGUUCAGAGCUGUGAUGGAGUAUCAGACAUAGACAGCUACAAAUCAAGCAGUACAGACAAUUUCUGUCUUAUAUCACCAUCCAAGAGAAACAGAGCUGAAAGUGUUCCCACAGGUCAACUAAGGUAAUCAAAGCUCUUCUCUGUUGCAUUUAAUCAUGACUGCUGCAAAUUAACUGUGUUCUCUGUUUCAAAACUCUGGCAUGUCCAGAGGAAAUUUGAAGUGUCCAAAGUUAUUAAACAGCUGCCAAACGUAAUCAAAGUCAUAGCUUACAAAAAUGGCACAAGAAAGAUCUGUGCUAAAGUUCCUGUGUCCUUAAUUCAGCCACUGCUGGAGGAGGGCUUUGAAAAGCUGAAUCUGAACAUGGCUGCACGAUGAGCAUUCUUGGCAGACGGCACUGAAGCACUAGAACCUAAAGACGUACCCCAUGAUGCCAACGUUUAUAUUUCAACUGGAGAGACCUUUUUAUAUCCAUUCAAAAAAAUAAAAGACCAUCUGUCAUUAAGCAAGAAAGUAUCUUAGACAGUGAAUGGCCUGGUUCUUCGUAAUGGUGUCAAGCAAAAGAAAACCAAGCCUGUCAUUUCCAACUGCAUGUAGAAAAUUAUUGAGGACACCUCUGACAGAAUUUUAGUGUUUAAUAACUGCAUGGGGCAGGAUAACUAUGAGGCUGUUGCAUCACAAAAUCAAAUUGAAAAGCUCCUCUGCUUGACAGAUGCCUGCAAGAUUCCAUCACACCUUUGUGUGGACCUGUGUGGGUCUGUAAGAAAGAAGGUUUCAGCCUCUCAGGAGCAAAGAUUUCUGUCCAAGGAGUUCUAUUGGCCCUGCACCAACGAUUAA